AUGAGUGAUUUGCAGAUUGAAAAAACUCAACAAGAACAAGAAUCUACAUUGCUGCAAAAUUCUCCAAUCUCUCACAAACAACAACAACACUCCAUUUUCAUUCCAUCAUCAUCAUCAUCAUCAUCAAUAAUGGUUGAUCUUGAUCAUCAUCACACUCACAACAACUCUCUCAAACGCCACUCACCGCCGUCUUCUUCCUCCGCCGAACGCUCAUCCAAGAAGCAUUCUUUCAACCAAGAGGAUCUCAGUCUCACCGGUAAGGAUGGCUUCUCAGCCAAUGCUCUUCCUAACAGUGUCUGUGGAAAUUUUCUUCGCUACUGCAUCUCCGAUCCAUACACCUUUCAUGAUCAAUCCUCUACUGGUCUGCCUCCUCUCCCCUCGGAGAAUCUCAGGAGAUGCAAGUCUGAUGGUAUUCCUUCUAAGGCUAAAACAGCUGCUCGCUGUUUGAACUCUGAAGAAAAGAUCCCUGAUGACUCCAUGAAGCUUAAGAAGAUGAAAGAACGGUUAACAGAAAUGAAGCAGCUGUGGGAUGAAGUUGUGAAAGAAGACAUAGAAGAUGAAAAAGACCAGGAAGAACAAGAACAAGAAGGAGAAGAACACUCUCUUGUUGCUGAAGAAAACAAAACCCUAUCUCAGGAUGAAAAGGGAAAAGACUAUGAAGAAGCAAUUAGUGUAGAGUGGAUUGAAAAGAAUUUAAACCUUACUUUCAGGUGUCCAUGUGGGAAGGGAUAUGAAGUUCAAAUAUGUGGAAAUAAUUGCUACUACAAGUUGGUUUAG